CAGAUGAAUCAAUAUUUAGUUUUGGUGAGUCAACAUUAAUGAUCGCUGUUAUAGUGACAAAUACACUCUUUUUAGAGAAUCAUAUCUUUGAUUCUUAUUGAAAAGAAAACUAAAAAGCAUUACUGCAUAAAUAUCACUUUCGCAUUCAUAAUACAGUCGAAAUAAGAGCAUCUUAUUCGGCCUGAGAUUAACGUUGCAACGUCAAAUCGAAACAGCGUAUCGAUUUCAACUGAACCAGAAAGAUAACCUUCAAUCUAUCGCUUCUCUUUUGAGUUAUCAUGAAAUUCAAUUGUCAUAAACUGAAAAGAAGUCUUAUCACGUUAUGCCCACACGAUCCUACACACUAUAACGCCCGCGAUCCGUUUGCGAAAAUACAAAGUGCAAAAAGCGGAGAAAUUUGUAAGCGUUCACGUAGAUAAUGCGAAGUGUCUUCUUUUUUUUUCCCGCGUUCGGUGAAGAUCUUAGCCAUUCGAAACCAUUGCCAUAAAUUUCCCCACAGCUAACAGGAGCGCAAUGACGUUCUCCGAAACAACGGCAUACGUGGUUGCUUUUGGAAGGGCCCUCGACGAUAUCUGUACGAAUAUAUAGGUACCCUGCUAGCCUGCUCAACACUUCUUCUAUGUAUUCUGUACAUGUUAGCCGUCAAUUGGAAUUCAGUCACGUGACUUUAUCCGCCAUUCAUCACCGCACACACAUACACUAGUCUUUUAUACUGCGUGUCUUUUACGUAUGCGCCGGCUGUGGUGAAACGAGCUACGAGAUCGAAAAUCAACCUGCAAACCCUCCGAAUUUCGCUGAUAUAUUUUGCUUCCGGAAGAGUGCCGCCUGGGAAAUAUAGCCAUCAUGCAUCGCAAAACGCGAUUGAAGAUAACCGAUCUAAAUCAGCACCUAACAUGUACGCUGUGCAAAGGAUAUAUCGUGGAUGCAACAAGCAUCAUGGAAUGUUUACAUUCAUUUUGUCGGAGUUGCAUUGUUCGAUAUCUUCAUACCAGUAAGCAAUGUCCGGUAUGUGACACACAAGUCCACAAGACCAGACCGCUACUCAACAUCAGAUCUGACAAAACGUUGCAGAAUCUUGUCUAUAAACUGGUUCCCAGCAUGUUCAAAGGAGAAAUGAAAAGGAGGAGAGAAUUUUACAAGUCACACCCAGAAGCCAGUACUAGUCUCGCACAGAAUGUUUCAAGGGAAGAACUUGGAGAAAUGGACGAACAAGAGCUCAUUAUUUACACCGACGAUGAACAUCUCAGUCUCUCCCUCGAGUACUAUCAACAGAACAUUCACAUACCAAAACCUAAACCAGCCGCUGCCUUACCGCGUUCAGUCGGUAAUGGGGACAAUGCGUCAACCAGCAGUAGCAGCGGUAGCAGCAGCAGCAGCAGUAGUGAUACAAGCAGUGAGAGUGGUGGAAGUAAUCCCGACGUUGCCAGUGGUACUACCGCGGUUGCAGGUGGGAGCGCAACGGGAAGCAGUAAAGGAAAUACCUCAGCGGCGGCACCAACGGCAGGAGACACGCAAGCGGUUGUGACCGCUGCGGUUACCGCAGCACUGAAGGCUGCGGCGAGCGGUGCGAAGUCGAGUGCUAACGCUAAGACGACGGAGGAGAAACGGGGCGGUCAGGCAGAUGCAGCUGAACGAUCGGCGCAGGAAAGAUUAAAAGGAAAGUCGAAUGGAGCGUCGACCUUAAAGAGUACCAGUGGUCCAAUUAACGGCAAGACGAGAGCAAAUGGUGAUGCAAACGGGUUGUCAGAUGAGAUUGUUGAUAAACGGUACUUAAGAUGCCCUGCAGCUGUCUCCAUAGGUCAUAUCAAGAAGUUUAUCCGGCACAAGUUUGGAUUAUCACUGGCUUACCAGAUUGAAGUCAUGUACAGAGGAAGCGAAGAUGAACUGCUACCCGACGAAUACACCUUGAUGGACGUUGCUUAUAUUUACACAUGGGGACGGGUUGGACCGAUGCCUCUUGUCUACCGUGUUUACCAACCACUUGCCAAACCACUGAAAAGAACCCUCACUGAUAAAAACGCGUCUAUCAUUCCUGAGAAAAUACCAAAGAAAACAGACACUUCUCAAAACCAGCAGAAAAUUCUCCCAACAGCUGCGUCGAAACCGAAAGACACUUCGCCGAACCAAGGUUCGCAGGAAAACACGUCUCCCGCAACGACACCGGGUGUGCAACCGGAAACAGUGAAAUCGAAUAGUGCGUUGAACGUACCGGCGUUGCCCGGGUCUGUCGUUGCAGCGAACAGGUCAUAGCGACGGAUUAUACAACUCCCAUGCAUUUCGGUCAUUGGUGUAAGUCGGACAGCUGUAGGACUCCCAGUUGUUUGAUCGCAAUCUUUCAGAAAUUCUUGCGGACAUCGGAAUAGGAACGCAAGGAGUGGAGUAUAUUGGCACACGUGCUGUGUAAGAUUUUGCAAGACUGUGUGACUUCGAAUCAUGUAGGGCGAUGUUUUCAGGGGUUCUCGAGCAAAGCCACAUCUGGCGGGCGUUUCAUGACAGGACUGUUUACCAUACUGGUACCAUAGUAGCGGUGUAACAGAUAUGUGUGCUUCUCAUCAGAAACGAAAGAGGUUGCCAGAUAUGACAACUGAAACGCAGAUUUUCCAGGCAACUCGUCAAUGUCUUCAGCACUGCUCCUGUCAUCUGUUCAUCGUGAAGACAGUUGCGAAUUCCGUUUGAUGUGUAUUAAGUCGGUUCUUGCUCGAAUUGUCCACCUACUUCACGACAGCAUAUUCAAAUCUAACGCAACUCCAAAAAAUUCAAACUCAUAACGAUUCGGAACAUGGCGCUGGAUUUAUAGGCUUUGUUUAAACGUUUAAACGCAACUUUUUACUGCAAUGGGCCGAGAAUUAGGUAGGCUGGCCAUAUCCCAGUUCCAUCAGUUUACCAACGCCUUCGACACCAACACCCAAUGUAGCAAUCCAAUGAUCAGGAAUCAGGUUGUGUUUUAUCACAGACUUGGAGUCGAUGUUUGGUGUGC